CCACCGCCAUUUUUCUUCUACCAAAGACAACACGCAACCAGAAAUUCCUGCGAAUUGUCAACACAAUGGCCACCAAACACACAAUUGACAGCGACGCUGAGCGUCCUACCAAGAAGAGCAAGGUUGUCGCCGCCGACGACGCCGAAAAGGCCAGACUCAAGAAGGAAAAGAAGGACAAGAAGCGCGAGAAGAAGGAGAAGCGCAAGGCCGAGGCCGAAGCUGAGGAUGAUGCUGAGCCCGAGACCACCGCCAAUGCCGCCGAUGAACUGAGCGAGGAGCAGAAAAAGGCCGACAAGGCCGCCCGAAAGGCUGCUAAAAAGGCCAAGAAGGAGAAGAAGGCCGCCGCCGCCGCCAACGAGACCGAGGAGGAGAAGCCUGCCAAGAAGCAAAAGGCUGUUUCUGCUUCUUCUUCGGGCUCAUCGAAAUACGAGCAAACCGACGCCCUCUCCAGCAUCCCUCAGGCCGACAUCGACGCCUUCCUCUCCACCAACCAGAUUGUCAUCACCGACCCCCGAACAAAGACCAACACCCUGCGCCCCAUCACCGAGUUCUCGCAGAUCCCCGCGACUGCCCUCGUUGCCAAGAACCCCUUCUCCAAGUACACCAAGCCCACGCCCAUCCAGUCGGCUUCAUGGCCCUUCACUCUGUCUGGUCGUGACGUCGUUGGUGUUGCCGAGACCGGCUCCGGCAAGACCAUGGCCUUUGCUCUGCCUUGCAUCGAGGCCGUCUCUGGCAUCGCCUACAAGGGCACCAAGGCCGUCAUUGUCUCGCCUACUCGUGAGCUUGCCAUGCAGACCCACGAGCAAAUGGCCGCCGUUGCCAAACUUGUCGGCCUCAAGUGCGUGUGCCUCUACGGCGGCGCCUCCAAGGACGACCAGCGCAACCUUCUUAGCUACGGCGCCGAUGUCAUUGUCGCCACGCCCGGCCGUCUCAAGGACUUCAUGUCUGACGGCACUGUCGACUUGAGCCGCGCCCAGUUUGUCGUGCUCGACGAAGCCGAUCGCAUGCUCGACAAGGGUUUCGAGGAGGACAUUAAGCAGAUUCUUGGCGAGUGCCCUGCCCGCGAGAAGCGCCAGACGCUCAUGUUCACAGCCACCUGGCCUUACUCGGUGCAGUCGCUGGCCUCUACCUUCAUGGUUGAGCCUGUCAAGAUCACCAUUGGCAGCGGCGGCAAGGAGACUGAGAACGGCAGCGUCGAGUUGCAGGCCAACACGCGCAUUACCCAGCACGUCGAGGUCCUCGAUCCCAAGGACAAGGAGUACCGCCUGAUGCAGGUGCUCAAGGAGCACCAGCAGGGCAGCAAGAAGAACGACCGUAUUCUGGUAUUCUGCCUGUACAAGAAGGAAGCUACCCGUGUGGAGAUGAUGCUCCAGCGCAAGGGCGUCAAGGUCUGCGGUAUCCACGGCGAUUUGCGCCAGGAGCAGCGUACCCGCAGUCUCGAGGCCUUCAAGAGCGGCGAGACGCCCGUCUUGGUCGCUACCGAUGUUGCCGCCCGUGGUCUCGAUAUCCCCGAGGUGAAGCUUGUCAUUAACGUCACUUUCCCUUUGACCAUCGAGGACUACGUCCACCGUAUCGGCCGUACCGGUCGUGCCGGUAAGACUGGUGAGGCCAUCACCUUCUUCACUGUCCAGGACAAGCCUCACUCUGGAUCUCUUGUCAACAUUCUCAAGGGCGCCAACCAAAAGGUUCCCGACGAGCUGCUCAAGUUCGGCACCAUUGUCAAGAAGAAGACUCACGACAUGUACGGAUCCUUCUUCAAGGACGUCGACAUGAACCAGAAGGCGACCAAGAUCACGUUCGAUUAAAAGUGCAUAUAAUGUCAAAAAGUUUUAUUUGGGGUAUAUUUUCAAAGGUGUUCUUUGCUUUCUUUUCUAGUAGUUUGCCGCAACGAUACUUUUUCGUUUGUAGUAUUG